GCGGCCGAGGCCGGGCCCCGAGCACGCGCCCGGAGAGCGGGCGGGCGCGCGCCAUGGAACAGAGGUUAGCUGAGUUCCGGGAGGCCCGCAAACGGGCCGCGCUGGUGGCCCGGCCCUCCACGACGAGCCAGAGCGAGCAGACCGCAGCAGCGAAGGCGGAGCCAGCGGCGGCGACCCCAAAGACAGCGCCGGGCUGGCUGAGACGCUUCCUGACGUGGCAAGCAAGCCCUGCCAUUACGCGGACCCGGCCCUACCAGGUUCAGGAAGCAGCCCAGCAGCCCCCACAGAGCACAGCGGUCCCUCUGUCUUCGUCCCGACACCUGUCUCUCCUGACCAACGUCACCUUCUUGAAGGUUCUCCUCUGGUUGGUCCUGCUGGGUCUGUUUGUGGAACUGGAAUUUGGCCUGGCUUACUUUGUCCUGUCUAUGUUCUAUUGGAUGUACGUAGGGACUCGGGGUCCUGGAGAGAAGAAAGAAGGGGAGCAGAGCGCCUACUCAGUGUUCAACCCCGGCUGUGAAGCCAUCCAGGGCACCCUGACUGCGGAGCAGCUGGAGCGCGAGUUACAGCUCCGGCCCCCACGGGGGAGGUAGGGCCCACCUCAGUGGUCCUCCCAGCCUCGAGCAUGGACUCUGGAGGACAGAGGACAGCUUGCAGGGUGGCCUUGUGACCGCCACAUUCUCUACUUCCCCUCAUCUGCUGCAGUUUCGUUUUUGAACAACUCUUUGAUUUCGGUGACAUUUUCUAAAAGACACUCACUGUGAGGCUGGUGCAGUUUAUAAAGCCAUGGAAGAAG